AUGAAGCAACACCAGCUUGCCCGAACAACAGCGUGGUUGCUGACUAUCUGUCUCAUCCUACUCGUAGUAGUUGCUCAAGAAGAUGUUCACCCUGACGUAGUUGCCGUUCUCGAUGUUGCCGGGGGUCUACGACCGAAACCGCGUUGGGCGAGCAGUUAUUCGGACGGCGAGAAUUGCUACUGCCUUCCUUUUUUGGAUGGCACCAUAGGUAACUUUGUCGUCGAAACGAAACUAGGGUGGUUGACGACGCAGGAAGUGUGCGAUUUGCUGGGACCGGGACCAGGAAGGCGAGGACGGCCCGUUUACAAUGAUAUUCAAUGCGGUAACGGCCCCCCGAACGACGACGAAAACGAAUUCCUUUGUCCGGGACGAACAGAUAUUGGAGAAGAAGGCUGUGGUCAUAUAGGACCCAAAUGGAACUUUGAUAACGCCGACCUUGCGAACGGCGGUCCGCCCCGAGUUCCAUCAUUUCCUGAAGACAUUCAUCCCGACAUCGUUGCAGUUGUCGACGUUGUAGGUGGUGUGACACCAAAUGGAAGAUCAUGGGCCGACAGCUAUUCCGUUAAUGACAAGUGCUAUUGCGCGACAACGUUUGAUCAUAGCGUUGCUGACGUAAUAGUAGAAACACCGCGGGGACGGAUGACGACACGUCAAGCCUGCGAAUUGCUUGGACCGGGUCCCGGUAUAGAGGGACGGCCGGUGUACAAUGAUAUACAGUGCGGAAAUGGACCACCGAAUAAUGCAGGCGAUGAGCAUGUGUGUCCUGGACGAACCGAUAUUGGACCGGAGGGAUGUGGUCAAAUUGGUCCGCGUUGGAAUUUUGACGCAGUCGGAUCUUUCCCGCCACUUAGCGCUCCUACGGCUCUUCCCUCUUCUUUAGCCACCGUUAGUACUCAGGAAGUAAGCAAUCCACCAACCAAAUCUCCGAAUAAAGGCCUUAACAGGAUACCAAGUAAGUCGCCAAGUAAGGGAAUCAACAGGGUACCAAGCAGAGACACAACCGCAACCCCGACUACGGCACCGAAUGAGCUGUCAGGUGAAGGCAGCGCGCCGUCGCUAGUUCCAUCCGCUUCUCAGGCUCCCCUAAGUCCAAACGUUAGUGGCACGCCUGCCGCUGGUCCUACACGUGCACCUGCACCAACUUUACCUACCUCUUUUCCGUUAACACCUUCGGAGGCAACAAGUCAAGCUCCGGCUUCCGCGCUUCCAGUUGAACGCCCGACAAUUAAUCCCGCAUUUACGGUCAUUUUUCCUGAAGUAUCCCCUAGUGAUCCCCCAAGCAGUGUGCCAAUCGAUGCAAUUUUUGGUACACCGAGCGAGACGCCUGUUGGGGUGCCGAGUGAUGUUCCUAGCGUGUUACCCAGCAAUGUUCCUAGUAUUCCACCCAGCGAUGCCCCUAGUGAUCUUCCUAGCGAAGCUCCCAGUGAUCUUCCUAGCGAUGUUCCUAGCGAAGCUCCCAGUGAUGUCCCUAGCGACGUUCCAAGCGACGCUCCCAGUGAUGUCCCAAGCGAUGUUCCCAGUGAUGUCCCGAGCGAUGCGCCGAGCGAUGUCCCAAGUGACGUUCCUAGUAGUAUUCCCAGUGGUUUUCCCAGUGUUGUUCCCAGUGGCGUCCCGAGUAGUGUGCCCAGUCUACUGACGGCGGCCCCCAGCACCAGCAACGACGGUAACACACCCGAAGGAAUCGGCGGAUCGGCAUCAAUUCGGCUGAGCAGGAGCAGGGUGGCGGUGUUGAAAACGAGUGGGCUCGUAUAUUUUGUGAUGCUAUUCUUGUAGUGCUGACUGUGUGUGAGCUACAGCAUACCAAGAAGGGAAUCCCCGAGAGAGCGCUCAUAAAUGGCCUUCUUCAGGAUUGGUUCAAUAGACUAUAUGUACUGUCCUUGUCCUUGUGCGCGUGCCAAUGGACAAGGAGUAAUUUUUCCUCUUUUUAGACUUUUCCGCGCGGAUAGUGCUUCUGUACUUACAGAUAGUUGCUCCCUAGUGUAGUUUUACAAGUGUGGGCAGAAUAUCCACUGUUAGUGUGCGCCACAAAAU